CGGCGCCAGGCGGAAGAUGCGCGCUCCCGCGGUCAAGUGUCUUCGCAGUCGCGUGGUGCUAAAGAGGAAGCGCACACUUGAGUGAAGAUGGCGAUGCGAGCAGCCUUACGAUGCUUCUCCGCAAACUUGCACUGCGGACUCCCUCGGCUCUCGCCGGUGACGCGGCUGCUGGUGUCGAGGAGCUGUCUGCGGACGCUGAGCACCACUGCGGCCCGGUCAACAGCUAUCAAGUUCACAGAUAAACACGAGUGGGUGCAAGUAGAAGGUGACAUUGCCACCGUCGGUAUCAGCAAUUACGCCCAGGAAGCUUUAGGUGAUGUGGUAUACUGUGGGCUCCCUGAAGUUGGCCAAACCCUUGCUCAAAUGGACGAGUUUGGUGCCUUGGAAAGCGUGAAGGCUGCCAGCGAGCUGUACUCGCCACUAACCGGGGAAGUGAAGGAAAUCAACACAGAGCUGGCAGACAAUCCUGGACUGGUGAAUAAAGCCUGCUAUUCAAAUGGGUGGCUUAUCAAGAUGACGAUCGAACAGCCAGAAGAGCUGGAUGGGCUCAUGGACCAAGUUGCAUAUGAUAAAUUUGUCAAAUCACUUGAAGAAUAAAACAAAGCCGCUAGGCUAUUAAAGAGCAUUAACAACUGGCAACAUCCCUCAUCUGUGCUAUUUAUUUUCAUACUGAAACAGACAAUAACUAGCAAGUUCAUAGCUUCUGCUUACAAUGUUGGGGUUCAUUAGUUACUAAAACUGUAAAGAACGCUUAGUAAUGUUGGGUUUCUCUCCAUUUCAAAUGUAUGCAAAUGUGAUGGAAGACUGGACAGUGAUGAUACUGUAAGUGCUGUGUCACCUUGAUGAAAUAAAACUUUUCCUCAUGUUUGA